UCGGCAGUAAGGUACACAGUGAAGCGUGGCUGCAGCUCCACCCCCUGGCCUACAUGGAGGCAAGCUAGUCAGACCUCCGCUAUUGCUAACUGAACUGCGGAACUACAGCAGCGACACAAUCCGUUGCCCGUCAUUUGUAGCUUGAGUGUUGAGGUCAGCGUUAACCCGAAGGCCUCCUUAUCGAUCAGUCAUUUGAGCAGCUUAUCGACUGCAUUUAAGGUAGCUAACCAGAACAUUCACAGUUUCUGGUUAAGUUUAUGUUAGCUAGUUGCGUCGUUUGACAGCUAACGCUAACUAGCUAGUCUCAUUGGUAUUCGACGUCAGUUUCAAAACAAAGCCCGCAAAACGCAGAAGUUGGGACUCAGCUGUCACCUCAAGAAUAGCUUCCUGCAAGGCAAGCUAGCACGGUUUAAAUAAGUUAACCGACCGAAGAUAAAUUACGUUAUACAGUUGAUGUUUAUCACACUCAGUUACUGCUAAUUAACGUUAUUUCGCUGACGUUAAGGCUAAGUUAAAGAAGCUGUCAGCAGUUUGACUGUGACGCGUUUGAACUUAACCUAUCUAAUCCAGCUGCUAGCGUUAAGAUACGCGGCUCUGUCGAUAAUAUCAGUUUAAAGCUUUCUCUGUAGCUUGGAUUUAAAUGUCCGAAAUGGGUUCAUCGUCCGGUUCGGAUGAGGAUGUGGACCCGGAAUCCGGGCAGCCUGUGGAGCUCGGAGGCGUUUUAAGCAAGUGGACAAAUUACAUACACGGAUGGCAGGACCGAUGGGUUGUGUUGAAAAACAAUACCCUAAGCUACUACAAGUCGGAGGAUGAACGGGAAUACGGCUGCAGGGGGUCUCUGUGCCUCAGCAAGGCUGUCAUCACACCUCAUGAGUUUGACGAGUGUCGCUUUGACAUCAGCGUAAACGACAGUGUUUGGUACCUCAGAGCUGAAGAUCCCGAGCACAGACUCCAGUGGAUUGAGUCGAUAGAGCUGCACAAGGCAGAGUCUGGUUAUGGUUCAGAAACCAGUCUCAGACGUCAUGGGUCCAUGUUGUCUCUCACCUCUGCAGCCAGUGCUUUGUCUGCCACAUCCACAUCCUCAUUCAAGAAGGGGCACAGGUUGCGUGAGAAACUAGCAGAAAUGGAAACGUUCCGGGACAUUCUGUGCAGACAAGUGGACACCCUGCAGAAAUACUUUGACUCCUGUGCUGAUGCAGUCUCCAAAGAUGAAUUUCAGAGAGACAGAGUAGUAGAGGAGGACGAGGAUGACUUUCCCAACACUACAAGACCUGAUGGUGAAUAUAAUCACAACAACAAUGGCAGCAAAGAGAAAUUGUUUUCCCCUGCCAGUCCUAAAGGUAUGAACGGGAUCGACUUCAAGGGUGAGGCCAUCACCUUCAAGGCAACCACAGCAGGCAUCCUCUCCACCUUGUCCCACUGCAUCGAACUGAUGGUCAAACGAGAGGACAGCUGGCAGAAGAGACUGGACAAGGAACUAGAGAAGAGGAGGAGGGUCGAAGAUGCCUACAAGUCUGCUAUGAAUGAACUGAAGAAAAAGUCGCACUAUGGAGGCCCAGACUAUGAGGAGGGGCCCAACAGUCUGAUCAAUGAGGAUGAGUUCUUUGAUGCGGUGGAAGCUGCACUGGACAGACAGGACAAGAUAGAGGAGCAGUGCCAGUCAGAGAAGGUCAGAAUACCUCGACUAACUCCUGUUCCACCUGGAGACGCCUACUCCACUGUUGGUAAACAUCGGUUUGCCACCAAGUCCCUUAGCCAUUCUUCUUCCGUGUCCUCCGUUGAGCUAGUCAGUGCUUCAGAUGACAUUCACAGAUUCAGCGCUCAGGUGGAGGAGAUGGUGCAGAAUCAUAUGACUUACUCACUUCAGGAUGUGGGUGGAGAUGCUAACUGGCAGCUGGUAAUAGAAGAAGGAGAGAUGAAGGUGUACAGGAGAGAAGUGGAGGAGAACGGUAUUGUACUGGAUCCUCUCAAAGCUACACAUGCUGUGAAGGGCGUGACAGGACAUGAGGUCUGUCACUACUUCUGGGACACAGCUGUCCGAUUGGACUGGGAGACCACCAUUGAAAAUUUCAACGUUGUGGAAACGCUCUCUGAUAACGCUGUCAUUGUUUACCAGACACACAAGCGAGUGUGGCCUGCCUCUCAGAGAGACGUGCUCUAUCUGUCGGCCAUCAGGAAGAUCUUAGCAACAAAUGAAAAUGAUCCCGACACAUGGCUGGUCUGCAACUUCUCUGUGGACCAUGACAAGGCCCCUCCCACAAACCGAUGUGUUCGUGCCAAAAUCAAUGUCGCUAUGAUCUGCCAGACCCUGGUCAGCCCACCAGAGGGCGAUAAAGAGAUCAGCAGAGACAACAUCCUUUGUAAGAUCACCUACGUUGCCAAUGUGAACCCCGGAGGCUGGGCUCCAGCGUCGGUCCUCAGAGCCGUGGCCAAGAGAGAGUAUCCCAAGUUCCUCAAACGCUUCACCUCCUACGUGCAGGAGAAAACUGCUGGGAAGCCCAUCCUCUUCUGAGCAUCAAGAGCAUUGAACAGGCUCUCGAUGACGACAUGACCCAUUCACCUGCCAAUCAGAAUGUGUUUUCAGACUUACUACACGCAGGACACUAUAUCAUCCAGGACGUCCCACAGGACCCCUGCUUGUAGAGGACAGGCUGAUUUUAUGGUCGUUAACACCAUCUGCUGGUCAUGGCUACAUUUGUAUGUAAAAUCAAAACUUUCCUAAGUGUUUUUCCAAUUGUUAUGGAUUAUUUGCCUUUUUUUGUAAAUUGUUUUGUACAUUUCUUAUGAUUGCAUACUUCUUGACUUUUUUUGGGUUUGCUUUAAUCACUAGUAUUACAGCUGCUUGUUUUGCUGCUGCUAAAAUAACUACCAUGAGAGGGAGGAAAAUAGACAUUGACAGGAAAAGCAUUGAUGAGGUGCAGUACAGGAUCUCUUCUUUCUUGCCUUCUCCUGUCCCUCUAGUGAUGACGGGGGGCGAGGUCAGAGCCUAAAGCUUUGAAACCUUUAUCUUUCUAGAUUGUUAUAAAGUAGCUUCUGGAGAGCACCAUUGACACAAUGUAUUGUACAGAGAAAACAAUAAGUUUUCAGUUAGCUCACCAAUGUUAGAAAUGUGAAUUGACUGUUAAACGCUUGAAUUUGUUGACAGUAAUGGGCCAAGGACGCCAAAAGUGGGAGGUAAAGAGCAUUUUCUAAGUCUAAUUAACUCACGCUGGAUGAUAUUUCUGCCACAGUUGAACUGAUCAGUGGGAUAUCAUUGACUGUGGUCUGUAGAUGCUUAGUGGAGCUCUGUUGUCAGUAAGUAUCUGUCUUUAAGCUCAACGUGGCACACGGUUUCUGACAGAUACCUGCACAUGGCCAGCUAUAGUGUCUCAUAAAAAGCUUCCUCUCUUUCAUUGCCGGAUGAGUGGAUGCUUCUUUUUUUUUUUAGUUUGUACAGGUUAUUCUUCACCAUUUUCAUCCCCCGACGAGGCAGUAAAAAUGUCUGUCUGUCUUUCUGUCCGUUUGGGUUUUCCAGGUUUAUUAAUGAGUCCUGCUGCUACAGCACAGGAUAAAGAGAAGCUAUAAAACAUUGAGUCAUCCUACACUUCCUGUUACACUCUAACAUUACAUUUCACAUGCCACACUACAGUGCAGUGGCCUCCUGCCCUUUGACUGAUAAACUACCCCCAGAAUGCCUUAGACACCAGGACGAACCCUUAAAAAAGUCCUGGUUAUCUCUACUGUAAAGCCACCAGAUGUGCAUUUAUUAACACUGAAAGGAAGCGGUGGGGGAAGGAAGAAAGGGUCAGCAUUUCACGUCAUCUUACCUCAAAGAUUUAAAUUUACUCUCGAUUGUGUUUGAUAUCAUCAAAAUUUGGGAGUUUUGCAAUCAGUAGAUCUGUGUGGUUGAAAAUUCACCAUCAGACUUUUUUUUUUUUUGUGGUCUAAGGGGUCAGCGGUGAGGAAGGACCUGGAUAAUGGUUUUGUUGAUGAUUACAAGAGCUAGAUCUACAGGCGAUGUCAGCUGAAGAAUGCAUUUAGUGUUUUUAAUUUUGAUAUUUUGUCAAUAAUCUACACACUUUGUAUAUUUCUAAGUUGUACAUCAGAAGUGUUAUUAUUUGCACUAAAUGUAAUGCAAUUUGACAAUGUUCUGUAAAUUAAAAUUGUUACACAACGUAAA